UCAAUAGGGUCACUUCCGGUUUCUCGUUUCUUGAACGGAGGAAUUUGCAGUUGUCAAUAUUACCCGAAAUUAUACCUCGUUAAUUCCAUUUCUCGCCACGAUGGGACCGUUAUCUUUGCCGUGAACUAGUCGAUAGCUUUAGGACGGCCGCAUACAUGCAGGUUGCAUGUAAGGGAUCUCUGAAUAGCCUUGAUUUUUCUGUCAAAAUUGGACUGAACGCCGCCGGCUGAAGUUCAAACAACGCGCAGCGUGAACGUGAUCUUUGUGCACCCCCCUCCCCAGUUCUGAGAGCUGGAGUCUGAAGGACGGUCCUUCUCUCGAGUUUUUAUCUGUAUCCAUGAGCAGUGAUGGACCAGUGGAAACCUAACCCGAGAGCGGCGCCGUUCAUCCCCCGACACAGGCCGAAGGGAUUCCGUCUGGGCCCGUCAGUCAGGUCUGGCCCUCGAGUGUCCACUCGUGUCCUGCAGGCCAUCCUAGUGGUCAUCCUGCUGGCUACAGUCAUCAUCAACAUCCUCUUCAUCCUGGACACUACCAAACGGCUGCGGCAGAAGACCACACAAGACACUGCCUUUGGGGACGAGGAGGGAGGGCCUGGUGACCAUCAUGCACCAGGGCAGGACAGCGGCAGGAAGAUCGACAUCGCCGUGCUGUCCAGCCAGACCAAGGUGUCUGUAGCAGUGGACGGCACAACCGUUCUUGAAGAUGAAGACAGUGAGAAGGGUCGCGGGAUCCACAUCCUGGUCCUCCAUCAGGCGACGGGCAGCGUGAUGGCGCAGCGCGUGUUUGACACGUACUCAGCUCACGAGGACGAGGCCAUGGUCCUGUUCCUGAACAUGGUGUCCGACGGGAGGAUCCUCAUCUUCACUAUCAAGGACGAGGGAACUUUUCAGAUGAAGAGCACAGCCAGAAGCCUUCUGAAGACCUUGGGCAGCCAACAUGCAGACAUCCUGGGCUGGCGGGACAUGUGGGGGUUCGUUGUGGUGAAGACUGGGCAGGUGUUUGCAGAACAGCACAACAAGUCACCUGACCUGUCCACCUGGGCGGAGCCCGUGUACCUGGAGACCUCCAUCCCCCUGGCAGCCAUGGAGGAGAGCGACUGUCCGUGGCCAGACACGGACGUAAACCGGCGUCGGCGUACGUUCUGCAGUAAGAUCGAGGGCUACGGGAGCUUGUGUAGCUGCAGCGACCCGGCUCCCAUCGAGAUGAACCCGGAGCCUCUGCCCAAUAACAGGAUCGCAGACGUCCCUGUGUCGGUGAUAGCCAGCAACAGGCCGGGAUAUCUGUACCGCAUGCUGAGGUCGCUUCUCUCUGCACACGGCGCUAAUCCAAACAUGGUGACUGUCUUUGUUGACGGGUUUUUCGAGGAGCCGAUGGAAGUUGUCAAACUGUUUGGUGUGCGAGGGAUCCAGCAUACGCCAAUAGGGGUGAAAAAUGCCCGCAUAUCGCAGCAUUACAAGGCAAGUUUAACAGCAUCCUUCAACUUGUACCCCAAGGCUGACUAUGUGAUAGUGGUGGAAGAGGACCUGGAUGUUUCUGUCGACUUUUUCAGCUAUUUCAGCCAGACAUUACCCCUCCUGGAGGAGGACCCGACUGUGUACUGUGUUUCUGCGUGGAACGAUCAGGGCUAUGAACACUCCUGUGGUGACCCUGCCCUGAUGUACAGAGUAGAAACCAUGCCGGGGCUAGGCUGGAUCCUCAAACGCUCUCUCUACAAGGAUGAACUCGAACCCAAAUGGCCGACGCCGGAAAAACUUUGGGACUGGGACAUGUGGAUGCGCCUGCCAGAGAACAGGAAAGGACGGGAGUGCAUCAUUCCCGAUAUCUCUCGGACAUAUCACUUUGGCAGCUCAGGCCUGAACAUGAACUCAUAUUUCCAAGAAAUGUACUUUAAGAAACAUCUGAUUAACACUGUGCCAAAUGUAGAGUUAAAGAACAUAGACAGGAUGAAAAGUGAACCGUACGAAGAAGACGUCAACAAGUUGAUCAGCACUGCAGAAGUUCUAGACCACAACAUGUCCCCCUGCAGGGACAAUCUGAUCCCAGAUGCUACCGAGGGCCAGAGCUACGUCUUAUACAUACAGAUGGCGCGGGAAUCAGACUUCCAAAACUGGCUGGCGCUGGCAAAGUGCCUGAAAGUCUGGGACCUGGAUGCGCGGGGAAACCACAAGGCCAUGUGGCGAAUGUUUAUGAAUGGGAACCACUUCUUUGUGGUCGGACAUCCAGCUUCUGCGUACUCGCAACAUAAACCAGAUUACAUCAUACCAGUGACCCUCCCUGUGGAGAAGAAGGACCAGAAGCGGUAGCUAAUUUGGAACUCCUGAUCUGUGUAAAGUUAGGGAUACAUAGUAGAAACUCUAGACUAGAGACCACAGAC